AUGCUUUUCACGCGCGAGCAUGAGGCACCGUUCAACAAGUCUCCCGUCGUACGGGCGGUGUCGAUGAUUUUGAUGGUAGUCACGGUUUUCUCCGUCGUUAUUCGCCUUCUCACACGACUGGCUGCUGUCAAGAGGCUAAAAUACUCGACUUUCUUUACGUCUGAUGAGAUAAUGAUACACACAUCAAUGAUUUUCUCAAUUGCUCAGUCGACCAUUGUUUAUACGCAGGGCUCUAAUGGACUGGGCAAGCUUGACAUAUCAUCAUCGCAAAUAUCUUCAAUAUUAAAGAGCCAACUUGGAUCUGAUGUACUCUUCUUCAUCACCUUGGGUCUAUCCAAGCUUUCCGCUACAUCAACCAUUUGGACCAUGUCGCCUUUGUCCAACAAGACGAUCCUGCCAAUUCAGAUUCUCAUUGGAGGCUGGGCUAUAUCGGCAGUGUUUGUACGAAGCUUUGCUUGCUCGUUAUCGAAUCCUUGGGAUUAUCUCAACGGACAAUGUAUCAAUAUGAUCUACGCCGACGCAAUCAAUAUGACCACCGAUGUUUUGAUCACCGCGCUCACUCUUGGGAUAUUAGUGCAUCUACAAAUGCCCAUGGGAAGAAAAGUAAUGGUCAUUGGCGUAUUUGGAUCUCGAAUUGUAACAAUCCCUCCGACGAUAUCUCACAUAGUUUACUACAAGCGCACACUGAACUCACCAACACCCAUAUUCGAAAUGUGGAUGCCAACAAUCAUCAACCAAGUCAUACAAUGCCUCGGUAUAAUGACAACCUGCAUCCCUUUCUGGUGGCGAUUUCUCAAGAGUAUGGAGUCUGGACAAAUGGGAGCAGGAGACAUUUUCGGUGCAUUGAGCAGAAGCAACAACACCAAGAGCGGGGGAACUUCAUCUCGGGGGCAGGCCUUCGAAUUGACAUGUAGACCGAGCACGGCAAAAUAUGGGGGGGCGUGGGACGUGGAUGUGGCACGGCACAACAGCCAGGAAGCCCUUGUUGAUCCUUCUGCUAGUACUACAGGGAAUUAG